AUGCCCGCGAAGACUGUCCCUGCCCCAGAGUCCGCCAUCAAGCGUGCCGCAUUCAAGCAGCAGCAGACGGAGAACUUCAAGAAGGCAAUUGAUGCCAACAAGGCUGCCAAGACUGCACUGAAGAAGUUGGCCUACUCCCGUGGUCUCAAGUACUCCCGUGAGUACCGCUCCACCGAGAAGAAGCUCGUGCACCUCCGCCGUCUCGCCAAGGCUCAGGGUAACUACUACCUCGAGACAAAGCCAAAGGUGGCCGUGGUCACCCGUAUUCGCGGUAUCGCCAAGGUGGCACCCAAGCAGCGCAAGAUCCUGCAGCUUCUGCGUCUGCGCCAGAUCUUCAACACUGUCUUCGUGCGCCUGAACAAGCCCAUGGAGAACAUGCUCCGCGCCGUUGAGCCCUACAUUGCGUACGGUUACCCAUCCCUGAGCACCGUCCGUGCCAUGGUGUACAAGCGCGGUCACCUCAAGAUCAAUGGACAGCGUGUGAAGAUCAACGACAACCAGAUGAUCAAGGACAAGUACAACAACGAGGAUGUCGUGUGCGCCGAGGACGUCGUGAACCAGAUCUACACUGGUGGCAAGCACUUCCGCGAGGUGACAAACGGUCUGUGGCCCUUCAAGCUGGCCCCACCUGCCGGUGGCAUGCGCCAGAAGCGUCGCCACUUUGUUGAGGGCGGUGACUACGGUAACCGCGACACCCUCAUUAACCGCUUCCUCGCCCGCAUGAUUUAG